UUUACGUGUCUUGAUCCGGGAGGUGUCUAACUGUGAGUUCUGUGAGUGCAGCGAUUGCUUCAUUCUGCAUGUGGCCGGGGCGAAGGCUUCUGUUGUGUGUGAGAGACAGAGAAAGUACGUUUCCACUGCCUAGUAAAAUAGCUCAGGCGAUUAAUUCCAAAGCUUGCAUUUGUUUUGCGGUUUAAUUGUUAUUUUUUUUCGCUGGGAGAGAGGCCCCUGUUUUGACCUGUUUUUCUGUUGGAUCGCGGACGACACAGAGGACACAUUACACCCGGUUACUUUGUAUCCCUGAAUCGCUUGGAUACAUCAUCGUCAGAGGCCUUGUCGCAAAUCCCGGGCAGCAGCAAACAGCAGAAAUGAUACAUAUUAUUUUGUAACCAGUGAAACUACAGCGUUGCUUCAUCUUGCUUGGGAUUUCCGGAGCGGUUGUAAGUCUCUGCGUGAGUGGGGAGCGAUCAGGAUGCAAGCUUUGGUGGAAAGAUCGACAUACAUUGCCCAUCGCUGAUUGCCCUUGAACUGGGUGAUUUAGAUAGACUGCCUCAGAGAACAGUUAAUAUUUCUGAGAAGCCAGAAGCGUGUAAAGAACAGAUUGGGUGGGAUUUCCCUCCCUCAAGGACGCGGAGAAGUCCCGAGGAGCCUCGGAUGUUCCAGGAGAGACUGCAAAUGGAAAUGCCCUCGCUCCGCUGGGUCCGGCACACGGCUGCAUCUCACCGGGCAAGCAGCGGACACCGGGCCCUGGGGUCGACCGGCUCCACCUCGUAACUCCCAGGGACGGAGGUGGUGAAGGGGAAGGUGCGUCUAGGAAUGGCACUGCGGAAUCCAGCCUCCCUGUCUCUUCAAGGCGCGCCUUCAAUGGACUUGGACCAUUGGUUGCCCAGAAAGUGAAUGGACUUUUAAUUUACCCCAAGGUUUUAGGUUGCUGUUUUUUUUCGUGUGUUGCCUGCAUCUUCCACUUUUUUUUUGGUUUUGCGUGUUGUUUGAACAUGACCCAUGGCGAGGAGUAUUCCUCUGAUAUGCACCAGGAUUCUGUCGUGUUAACUUACCUCGAGAGCGUAUUGAUGCAUCGAGCUGCGACAGCCAGCGCGGCCGGCUCUCUCAACAAGAGCAGCCCCGACGGGUCGGCACGUCCUGCCGGAGGCUCCGAGGGAGUGGUCGCCUCUGCCCCUGGCCGCCCUCCUGCCCCUUCCCCUCCCAGGGCAGCCCGAACCGGCCCGGCGCUCAACGUGAAGAAGGCGAGGCUGCUCCAGAGUGAAGGUUGGAGCGGGGCAAAGAGGAGGAAGGUAGUGGGGCAAGAGGGCAGAUGCCAGGAGCAAUCCCAGCAGCAACCCCACAGCACGCUGCUGGCCUCGCUGUUACAGUCGUUCAGCUCCAGCUUGCAAGACCAGCAGCGGAGGGCGUCCCCGGGAAGCCGCUCUUCCUCGCCCGAGCAAGAGGACGAAGAUCCCGGGACUUGCGGGCGCCUCGGACCCCUGCUGGACGGCCGAGGGGGAGACGAGGAACCCCGUCCCGUCCCCGGCGCCCCCAGGCUCUCUUGCUCCGCCCGCUUGAAAGCGGUGGCCAGCAUGGUAGGCAAGGGGACCGGGACCCCCAGCUCCCCCAAACCCAGCGCCGCCUGCAGCCAGCUCGCCCUUCUCCUCUCUAGCGACUGCCAGCUCCAGCAAUACUCCCGGGCUCGUUCCCUGGCUCCCUCGGCAAGCCAGAGGUUGGCGGCGAUCGCCAGUAAGAAGCUCGCCGGGGCGCCGCAGGAGCGGCCGGCCGGCAAGAGCCCUUCCUCCUCCGCCCCGUCCCGGGACAGGGUCACCCGCUCUCCCGCUUCGCCCGGGGCGGGCAGUAGCCUGUUGAUGCACCUUCUCAACACGCCCAAGCCCCUGGCCGCCAACGGGCACGCCUGGGUCGCCGCCGCGGGGGAACCGGCGUCCCGUCCCAGAAGCCGGCCUCCCAAGGAGGGAGGGGAGGAUGGAGGAGGAGGAGGAGGAGGAGGCCCCAUGUCCCGCUCCAACUGCGCCCCCAUGGACCUAUCCACCAAGACGAGGGUGUGCGAACCGGUCUCCCUGCACUCUGGCAGCCUGGAGCAGAUGACUGAGUCCUUGCUGUUCAGUUGGAACCCCAAGGUUCCGGGGCUCAAGGGUCCGGAGCCCAAAGAGGACGGUGACAGCGCCGAUGCCAAGAGCCACCAGAAGGUCACCCUACUUCAGUUACUCUUGGGACACCAGCAGGGGAGCCGCACCCCCGAACCCAGCGGAGAAGCCCCGCCGCCCGCAACCCUGAGCAGGCGAGCCGGCCUCCUGGAACCCUUCCCUCCCCCUCCCUCCUUGGGAGAGAGGAGACCCCCGCUGAAACCCCGCUGCACCCUCGGCGGCCGCCGCAGCCAACACCCACCCGCCGACUGCCCGCCCCGCACCUACCCGGCGCAAGGCGAGCCUCCCCCCAGAAAAUCCCAGCCAAGCCCGGCUAACGAGCCGGCCAAAGCCCACCGCUUCCUGGAGCAGCCACUGGCUUGCGAGUCUCCGCGGGCCGCCCCGUUUCCCAAGCAGCUCUUCCCGCUGGAGCUACGCCAGUCGAGCCCCUGCGCGCCGGUGGCGCCGUUAGCGGGGGACGGGCGCAUCUCUAACUUCUCCUUCAGCGCUAGCAAGCUGCUCCACGACCUGGCCCACACCGGCUCGCACAAAUCCCCCGACCCCUCCCAGAUGGACGCCGAGCUGCGGGGCUCCCUGGAGCCCAAGCUGGGCAAGGAUUGCGCAGGGGGGCACCCUCUGAGCUUCCAGCUGAGCGACCCCGGGACGGGGCAAGAGCGAGGGGCGGGUGCCGGCGACUUGGAGCAUCUCCUGGAGAGGCGCAGCGUCCUCCAACUCCUGCUGAGGAGCCCGGACAAGGAGCAGAUCUUCAAGGGACACCCGCAAGACAGGCGAGGGGAGCAGGGAGCGCUGGAGAGCCGCAGUUCCUCAGAAGCCAUCUCCAUGGUCAAGGUCAAGACGGAACCCACCGAUGAGGAGGAGGGUGUCAACCCCUUCUGCAAAGCGGAGGAGAGCACCAAGUGCCAGAGGGCAGCGCCGGGAGGGGCGGCAGAGAGCCCCUUGCCGCGGGAGAACCUGAAGCAAGAGGUGGGCUCCCCUCGCCCACUGUCUCCCCCAGCCCCGAGCCACGCCAGGGGAGGGGUGCUGAGCCAACUGCUACGGCACAGCUCCGCACCGCCGCAGAAUUACCUCUCCAGCGGGCAGCCCGGUCUGGAGGCGCCGGCUGCCCCUUCAAACCCUUGCCCCGUGCCCAGGAUGAGGCACCUGUUGCUGGGCUCCACGGCCGAGCGCCGGGACCUGCAGAAGAAACCCGAGCGCCCGGUGGCUCUCAACGGCCACGCCUUCUGCUCCAACGGGAUGCCCGGUGCCAGGGGCAGCUGCAAACAGGUGGAAUGUCGGCCCGGGAACGGCGGGGCAGAGGCGGAACCCCGCGGUUACCUGAAGGACACGCAAGGGUUCAACGUGUUGAAGCAACUGCUGCUGUCCGAGAACGGGAUCAAAGUCCUCUCCCAGCACCGGACGCUCCAGAACGGUGGGUCGGCGCGGGACCCGAGCGACCCCAAGGCGCCGGGCGGGACUCCCGCCCCAUUUUACAGGGAGCCCGACGUGAGGAGAGGAGGGAAGGAGAGCCCAGUGCAACUCCCCGGGUAUCCCGGGACAGCCCGCCUCCCUCAGCCCCAGAAGGGAGCUCACCCCGAGCCGCCGUGGCUCACCAAAGCCAACCCCAUCCUCUACUACAUGCUGCAGAGGGGCGGAGGCGAGGUCCAGCCUUUUGGCCUUAGUGCCCCGAGAGCGAGCGAAGGAGACGCGCCCAGGAAGGAGAGGAAGAGACCACCGCAGCGUCCCGAGGCCGAGAGCAGAGCCGGGCUGGGCUGGGUGAAGGAGGAACCCGAGGAACCCUUGGCUUGCUCCGGGUCCCGUCACGACCAACUUCCGCCAAGUCCCGGGCAGAUCCUGGAGAAAGUAGCCGCUAUCAAACGCGAGCCAGACUGAGCCAGAUCUGCAGUGAAAGCAGAAAGGAAAGGCAAGCAAGAAGACAAUCUUGUUGUUAGGACCAGGUCUUGUGCAAUAUCCUCCGAGUCAGCUAACGGGAGAGCACAUGCUGCAAAUAUAUAUCAUGUAUAGAGAGAGAAUUGUAUAAUAUAUAUACCAGCGCCGACAGACUGCUUACUGGAGGGCGUGCUCAUGUUUGGGACUUGUAUCUGUUGUCAGGAAUGUCAAAAUAUUGGGAUCUACCAAUUUUUAUAUUAUAAUUUUAUAUAUAGACAGAUAUAUAUAUUAUGCGCACACACACACACACACACACACACACUACAAGGCGGAUGAAGCCACUUGUAUUCCGCUGUGUUAGAUCUGCAUGGUGAUCGCAGCGGACGUGCUGGUUCAGGCAAUGAGUGGCGGGGCUGUUGUGGCGCCGGGGAGAGAGGGACUUUGUCAAAGCUGCUCCCGCUCACCCACCGGGACUCCGCCGGGAUCCCUGCGCUGCGCCCCCCGCCCAGGGGACCGCCACGGUCUUGUGUGAGGUCCCCUCGCCUCUGCAACUCCCUGUUCACUCCCACUCGGCCCCCUCCUCCUCACACACUUCUCUCCUGACCCUCCCUCCCCUGUUUUACUGUUAGGGCUCAAGUUCCAGUGUAAAGAAACGGAUUUUUUAAAAAUCUCCUUUGUGUGUGUGUGGGGAGGGUGGUGUGGUGGGGGAGGGUGGGGACAGUGUGACUGUAGUGGAGAGAGUGUCACGUCAUGGUGGUACAAACUCCCGUCUCUCCACAACACAUUUGUUUUCGUGGCUCCUUCGAACGCAUCUUAACUCCGAGCGCAAGAAACAGUGCGUAAAACCAGCUGUUUUAGGGGCUGGUUCCUUUUAAAGACAACCGUUGUGUCUUGUCCGAGCGAGCGAGCCAUCACCAAUUAUACCCCCACCCCACCCUCCACCCUCCACCCCCGCUGCUAGUUUUUAACCAUCUCUCUGUCUCUCUCUUGCUCAGCGAGGAAUUGGCAUCUUCCAGGAGUUGCUCAACUUGUAAUGUACGUUGACUGUUAAAUGAGUGUGUGUAUAUACGCAGUUCCCGUGAGGAUGUUGGAUGGGGAAGAUGCCUAUUUUGUGUUGCAUGUGUUUGCAUUUGCAAGUGUUAAAUAUUGUAUAGUUAUAUAUGCAUAUUUUGUCCGAUCUAUUGUUGAAACUAUUGUUAAAGAAACCCUCUAACUCCGCAAUCCGCAUGAGACGAAAAGCAUGUGGAAUUCCUAUGCACAAAAAAUGUGAUGUGUUUAUUAAAAAAUACAAGAUUUUAAAAAAAGGAGAGUAAAAGAGAAUUUAAUGUCUUAAUAAUCUAAUUUUAAUUACUUACUGGGUCUGUACAUGAUGUACCAGUGUGCUUCUCGCUGAAGACGGAGCUAGCAGGGUAUAUUCUGAACGUUAAUUUUUUUUUGCAACCCAUUUUUAUUUCCAAACUUUUCUCCUCCUUGCUAUGCUGGAACCCGUUCUGGUAAUUGGACGAGGAUAUUUAUUUAUGUAUUUCUUUUUUAAAAAAUUUGGAACCAAGAUCUGCUCUGAAAUCAGUUCACCUUGUGAAAUCACUUCUGACCCACCACCCGGGAGUCCCUGCUGGACAUUGCUCCCUCUUCCCUCAUAGUUGGUUCCACGCUGAGGAUUCUGAAUGGGUUCCUGGUUCUCAGUGCAGCAGGGGAGUUAGUCGGUGUCCACAAGGUGCUGUUCCCCAAUCCAGUUAACUUUUGGGAUUCGAUGCCCUCUUGAGUGUGAGGGAGACCUGCAGAAGUCAGAGUUUUAAAUCAAUGAGGCUGUCCAAGUCUGGUGUUAAUUGAAUGACACAGAUUGGCUUCUGUGUUCUGGGAUGUGUAACAUUAAAGCAAAUUGGAACGAGGAUUUAUCCCUCCGUUUAUUUUUUACUGUUUAUCUUCAGACAAUGGACGGUUUGUUGUCCGAUCCCCAACGUUUGGGUGGGCGACUGUGAGGUCCUUACUGGACGUGGUCUGCCGGUUGAACGAUUUACUGCACUUGGGCAUCCCACCCUUAGCUGGGUACUCACAGGGUAGGGAACACGAGGACAAAAUUGGCCCACUUUUCCCUGGUCUGCUGGACGUUGUUUCUGCCAAUUUUGCUUUCCUUCCAGUUACUGAUGGGACAUUCCAGUUGGUAACAGGGCAAAAGUUGAGAGCCACUUUGUUUUAUUUUGGAAUGAAAAUUGAUUUUUCCUGUAAAUAUCUGGAUUUACUUUUAUUUCUCUCUUGAAGAAAAACUGCACCUGUAAACGAUGAAAAAGUUUAGUUUUUUUUAAAAAGGUAUUUCAAUACAAUUAGCUUUUUGGGUUUUAUUUGAUCUUUUACGAGAUGUCGCUCCUGAUCUAAUACAAACCGUGAGAACUGUACCAGUUUUUUUUGUACUCUGCAAAAAACAAAUAAACUUUGGA